AUGGCAGGCACUACUUCUUCCUCUGCAUCUAAUCUAGUUCCGGACCUGAAUAGCCAGAAUAGGUCAGUCUCAAAGGAGUUGAAAGCUAAUUCAACUGAUAUCGGUUGGGAAUAUGCAGUGUAUGCUAAUCCUACAAAUCCAGAUAGAUUGAAGUGUUUGUUGUGUAAUAAAGUAGUAAGUGGUGGAAUAAAUCGAAUCAAACAGCACAUUGCAAACAUCAAGGGGAAUGUUCACGGUUGUAAGAAGAGUUCGGAUGAGGACAAAGCCAAAUGUAUCAAAGCUAUUGAAGAUGGGCGAAACAAGAAGAGGCAAAAGAUUCUCUUUGAAGAAGAAUUGAGGCAAGAAGUUGAUAUUGAAGAAGAUGAAAGGGAAGAGGAUGGAUCAAGUCAUGAGACAAGAAGAAAGAGGCGCUUUCUUGGACCUAUGGACCGUUAUGCAUCCGCCAUUGAUCCCGAUUCUUCAUUGGAUGGAAGCAAGAAGAUGAAGCAACAAAAUAUCAAUGAUUCACUUUUCAAGGAAAGAACACAUAAUGUGCAUCAAUAUUUGGCUAGAUGGGUGUAUGAAGCCGGCCUUCAUUUCCAUGCCAUUGAGAAUGAUAGCUUCAAAAGGUUUGUGGAAGCGGUUGGGCAAUUUGGCCCGAGUUACAAACCACCAACCCAAUACCAAUUAAGGGAGCCAUUGUUGAAGGAAGAGGUGGAGAGAACUAAGGGCUUAUUAAAGAGGCAAGAAGAGGAGUGGGCAAAGAAUGGUUGCUCUAUCAUGACCGAUGCAUGGAGUGACCGGAAAAGAAGAAGUAUCAUGAACUUGUGUGUUAAUUGUGCGGAAGGGACAACCUUUCUUUCUUCUAAGGAAGCAUCGGAUGAGUCACACACCGGAAAAUAUAUUUUUGAAUAUGUGGACAAGUGCAUUGAAGAAAUUGGGCCACAAAAUGUUGUUCAAGUGGUGACGGAUAAUGCUUCGAACAACAUGGCGGCGGGAGAUUUGUUAAAGUUGAAGAGGCCAACAAUAUUUUGGACUUCUUGUGCAACUCACACUAUCAAUCUUAUGCUUCAAGGAAUUGGCACCCAACCUAAAUUCAAGAAUGUGAUUGACAAGGCAAAGAGUUUCACCAUCUACAUUUAUGCACAUCACAAGACUUUGCACUUGAUGAGAAAGUAUACAAAGAAAAGAGACAUAGUGAGGUCGGGAGUCACAAGAUUUGCAACCGCUUUCCUUACUUUACAAAGCUUAAUGGAGAAGAAGACUGAAUUGAGAAAAAAAAAAAAAAAAAAAAAAAAACUUAAACGCAUGAGGUACAAGUGCAUGUCAUACCUCUAUUGA